AAUUCAGUCAGAGCGGGCUUCAGGCAGGCUUCCUGCAUGGGAUUUCUGGCCUGUUUAUUCCAGAAGCUAGCAGGAUGAUCUUGAAGGUUCUUCUAUAUGCAGGCUUCCCCUAGCAGUGGUGUCUAAAUCAUCAAUGGUCAGCUGGCCAAGAUCCAGUCCCAGGAAAUCCAGUUUGUAAGUAGUCAGGAGAGCAUUGCCAAGUCUGUGCUGCAUGCAGAGCCACAUCAGGUCUGGCUCAGAGCAGCUCCAUGCCACAGCUGGCCUGAACACCUGCCUGUGAAUAAACAAGGUGCCAAAUGCAUGAGAUGAGGUAAGUUUGCUGAACAAACUUACCCUGCAGUAGUCGAGCUGCUCCUAAGUGGAAAGCAGGCCCUGCAGGAAAAACGGGGUUAGUUUGUUGCCUAAGAUCUCUUUCCCACUCUGGCCACCACAGUGAAACAACUGGAAUGAUCUGCUCCAAUUUUGUAGAAGUUUAAAGUUUAAUUUUUUUCUUUAGAGCAUAAAAAAUUUCCCUUGAUUAGGGCCACAUUCUGCCAUAUUUUGCACCCUCAGUUCUCUUAACAUGAGCACGUUCAAGGCAUUCAUCAUUUCUGUUCUCUAGGAUGUCCACAGUACAAGGUAACAGAGUUGAGUUCAAUAGGGCAACAGUUUCACAACUUAGUUCUGGUGGCCUUAGGCUAAGGAGUGUAAUGUAUGCCUGCUCAGGCUGAUGGCAGAGAAAUGUCUGUGAAGAUGUGAUGGCCAUGAGAAGACAUGAUUCUGCCUGAAUGUAAUUUUGACCCUUGGACUUACCUGUUCAAGUAUUUGUGUAACGCAGCUUCUGAAUAAAGCAUGUGGUCAGUCUUUCUCAGUACCUGUGCUUGUCGAGAGCUGUGAGCUCCCUUGGCUGCCUGAAGAGCAGCUCCUCAGAGCACUGUCUUUCCGAGUCUGUUGGCCAUCCUGUGAAUCCAACUAGUUUUAUUUUGAUGUAGACAGUGAAAUGCCAAGAGUUAUAUUUUACCCCUAUAAUGAUCAUGAGAGGAUGAAAGUGUCUGAAGAAUGUUUCUCUGGAAAGAUGGAUGGAUUGGAAGAUCAUUUCUAUCAGCAGAUCUUUCAGUAAUAAGUAGAUUUUGUGUCACUGCUUCAAGGGAAACCUGAGGGUCAGCACCCAGAAAGUGCUAGGUGUCACCAUUCUGCCAAGUUUUCCUGAUGAGAUGGGAACCUAAAGGUCGCAGUGCUCAGGGAGUAUGGUACAAACCAGUAAUAUCACCUGCCAGUCUGAAGUGCAUUUUGAGUUAUGCAACUGAGACAUGGUGACGUUUCUAUUGGGCUGAGCCUGUGGGCCCAGAAUCACAGUUACCAGUACUGGCAGCAUCUCUCCCAGCAACUAUGUUCUUGUGAGCGGUUGUCAGCUCCCAUUUCUUGGAAGACUUGCUCAAUGAAGCCUCAGCUUCCGGUGACAUGCAGCAGACUUGAAGGAAGGCCUCAUGUGGGAGGUGUCCCUGGGAUGAGCCUGACCCUUAUCUUGCCAGCCAGCUGCAAGGGGAUUAUCCGGGAGCGCAGCUAUGCACACGCUCUUGCACUGACUGGACUGCCUUGAGACCUUUCUCUUGUGUUGUAAAACCAGCAAGAAAGCAAGGAUUGAACUACUCUGGUAAGUCAACAAUGCUACCUUCUACUCUUUUUUUAGUUUUUAAUUGAUUGACAAUUACAAUUUGUCAAGCACAGAAAUUGCUGCCUUGUUGCAGGUGUGUGUAGUUGUUCUCCUGGAGAAGUUACAGCACUGGCACAAGACUGUAAUAUAAAAAAGGCUUGUUGACCCAUGUCUCCCAGCACAGGUGAUUAUUCACCUGCUGGAGCAGGGUCUAGCAUAAAAAACUCCACUGGUCUCCAUCCUCAGUGGUCAGCACCCUCUCUGCAGCCAAUUUACAGUUUAUUACUUCUUUUCAAAACUGGAAAGGCUAUUUUGUACUCAUGGUAACAGUAAAUUUAUUUCUGAAUCUCCUCCUGAAGUUUGCAUGAACAAAGCUUUGCUUACAGAUGUAAUCCAGAGUUAUGAUAAGGCAUGAGCAAUUUCAUAUUCUAGUUUUUGAUUCCUUGACAGAAAUUUUCUUGGCUACCCUGGUAAUGCACUCCAAUAAUGCUGAAAACACAAGCAGCUCAUGUACACUUCUGAGGACUAGUGAAAAUGUAUUUGAUGGCUGCAGCUAAACCUUCCAGUAGCCAUGUAUUCAUAUCCCUCUUCAAAUCCAGGGUUGGAAGACUGUGAAAAUUCCUUCUCCUAUAGUGAGAGAUCAAGAAUUUGCUCUCUAUUAACUCUGUUCUUUUCAGAGUUCUCAUGUCUCCAGUGAAGGACACCAAAUCCACCCAACUUUAGAAACUUAUCCUCAGAACAAAACAACAAAAGACCUUGGCUGUGGUGUCAGUCCUAGAGUGUGUGGUGUCUACUUGUCUGGCCUCCCCUCAUCCAGUCUCACCAGGGAAGUGUUUGCAGGUGAAAAUGAAGAGUGGAAUUCUCUUGUCCCUCCUUGGCUUCCUCCCACUCGUGACACCCAUAUGCCCUGUGCCGUGCAAGUGCACCACCAACAUUACCGACUGCUCGUCGAAAGACCUGACUGUAGAAAACCUGCCCGUUGCUUUCCGUCCUUCGGCUGAAAUCAUCCACCUCGGUUCCAACAGGCUCACCUCUAUUCCCAAUGGGCUCUUUGACAACCUGAGGAGCCUCCAGGUAGUCUACCUACAGGGCAACCCUUGGGAGUGCACCUGUGACAUCCUCUACUUGCGCUCCUGGCUCCAGUGGCAGCAGAACCGGAGCCUGUACAGGGAUGUGAGAUGCAGCUCCCCAGCGCACCUGGAGGGCCGGAUCAUCGCCUACCUGACAGAAGAUGAGAUUGUCUCCACAUGCCAGCACUGGUACUGCAGCCUGGCUCUCCUCUCUCAGGUGUCUCUCUUCAUCCUCCUUUUCCUCCAGGGUAUCUUGGUUAUCUUCAUCAUUGUCUACCUGCAGAAAUUUCGGAAAAUGACCGCUGAAGACUGGAGCACCACCCGAGAACUAGACCGGCAGGUAGACCUUGGGCAUCUUCUUCAAUAAACCCUUACAAUGAUGAUUAACGUCACAAGACAGAAGACCAUCCUCCCUUUGGGGGUUGCUGUGCCAAGGUCCUGUAGUUUGUGAUAUUCAGAGGGGGCAAUUCAGUACAACAUCUAAUCCUGACUGCAGUCUGAAGCAGGACUUGAACUGAUCAGACACUUGCUGUGUUCCUGGAAAAUCAAUCUUGUGUUUUUUUUUCAAUGCUUUAAAUUCUUUAGCAUGAUCUUGACUGCUUGUCUGAACUGGAAGUGGUUCUGAUUUGGUAGACUAAGGAAAUAAUGAACUACAGCAACCAGAACUGACUCAAACAGCUCAUAAGCUCAUAGGGGCUCCAGUGCUCGGUUCCUCCUCUCCUACAGUAUUCCAGCCAUAUUUCCAGGAUGCUUCUGGUUGUGCUGGAUCAGGUGAGGACAGAGGUGGGCAGUGAACUGUUCAAGUACUGAGCUAGGACAAUGGAGAAAUACAGUUUCCUUCUGCAACCACGGACUGCAUUAAGAGCUUUGGACUAGUGUUUUAGUCUUCUCCUGCCUUGCUUUCCCAAGUAAAAGGGAAAGGAAAUGCCUUCUUUCUUGAUGCAUCUUUUCUAAUGUUGUUCUGGGGGAGGGAGGGAAUGUCAAGAAGCCCACUCAUUUUACCUUAUCUGGAUUUCUUUCAAUCUGCUUGUAGUUUUAAUACUGAUUUCAAGUGAGUGAGACUGGGGCCCUGAAUCUUCAUGAGAAAUUCAUCCUGAAGCCAAGAAUUGUUUGACUGUGCCUGUAUGGCACCUGGCAUGAGAGGUCUGGUCUUUAGAGACUCAAACUGCAAACCCCACUUGUGCCUACUGCUGUUUAUGGUGUCCCUUAAUUAUUUUUGAAAUGAAACAAAAUUGAAAUAAAAUAAUGAUGCAUAAUGA